UGAAAGCAAGAAAACAAGAGUGACUUAAUGCCCACUAUCGCUCGCCUGAAUAGGACCUGGACAUUCUGACCAAGUUUCCUAAUGAGUACCAUGCCAAAGACAGUAAGCAACACAUAUGCAAGCUAAUAACCAGAAUCAGUAAAAUGCUGCUGUAUACAACAGAAGUACUACUCACAAAAUAAUAAACUCACUUCUGUCAACAAAACUAAUAUUAACCUGCGAAGACAACAAUGUAAACCAAACAUGUUUCCCCUUGAGCACUACAUAAAAUACAAUAGUUAAAUGCUAACCAAAUAAUGUUUACUAGAACCUAUAGAAAUAUUAACUAAGAAUCGUGGAAAAAUUUAAAACAUUAAUUAAAAACCAUAUUUAAUUAUGCAGUUUGGAAAAAUUAAAUACCUUAAAAUUAUACAGACUAGGAAAUGUAAAGAACAAGUUUACAAGAUAAAUAAAAUAAACCAUAUUAUGCACCAUAAUCAUUCAUAAUCUACAAUAUGUUUUAAAUUCAAAAGAAUGGUUAACAAGAACAUUUAGGGAUUUUCUGGUGUGCUGGAGUGUGAAUAGCAGGCCCCCUCAGAGUUUCUCUGGACUUCCGUCAUCCGUUCCUGUUCCUCGCCCCUCCAAGCGACUUCGUUACAGCAGCCUCCAUGUCUUUUAGGUUUGCUUGCCUAGUUGCUGGAUUCAUGCGCAGACAGCUUGAUAAAAAUAAAGGUUAUUUCUUUUACAUGGGAAAACGAAAUUGGUGACAUCUCCAUAUUACAGACAUAACAUAAGAGAUGAUAUUUAUACCCCCAGUUUUACAAUAGACUGUGAACAGUCAGACUUAAAUUACCGUAAAUACGGUCUUAUCAGAUUUUAAUCUUUAAACUAUUCUUGUUUAAACAUCGGAGGUAUAAAGAAUACUUUAUUGAAUUUUCUUUAAGGAAUUACACACACCAUUAAGCACCUAUCCUUUUGCAAUUGAAUUCAAGCAUGAUUUCACAUAAAUGUCAAAAAGUACAUUUAAACUGCUAAAAUAUACACACAAGUUUAUUUUAAGCUAAAUGCUCCUAUUAUGUAAUCAAACAGGUAUUACCGCAGGGCUUCUAAAGCUGAUUGUAUAGCCGUUAUUCGGUCAUAUUCUCAAUGGCAAAACAUAUAUCUCCCUCCAAAAAAAUCAAGUAAAAAAUCCCUUAGGACAGUUUCAGUUGUAAAAUUUAGAAAUAAUUAGAUUUUCAGGGUAAACAAGGACUGAUAGGUUUAAAUAACCAUUUUACUGAUUAAAAUUUAUGUAUAUCAUUCUGUUUUUAACGAGUUACCAAAAAAUUUGUUUUUCUAAUAAUAUUUUCCCAAUUUGGUCUAAAGUGACGCUUGAAUUCCUAAUUUAAAGAAUAUAGGUCAUGUUCCCAAAGUGGUUAAAAUAAUUCCUGAGAACUCUUCACCAUCUGAAAUUUCAUUACAUCAGCUUAUUGAAUGGCAUAUAUAAAAAGCGGUAUUUACUAUUCACCAACGUUGAUCAUAAAUUUUAUACUGUGAAAUUUUGAAUAUCUUGGCAUCUACCAACUGCAUAGAUUGCUAUCAUUCAAAUCUGUAAAGAUUACUCUUUCAACAAGCCCCAACGGUUACUGCAAUUCUGACCCAUCAAACCCUGAAGGGAACCCCGCAGCCACGAACGGUUCUUAAAACAAGUCAAAUCACUUUAAACUUAUGAAAAACUAUGCCUGUGAUGUUUAGGUCCUCAAACUUUCUUUUCCCCUUUAGGCCCCUGAAAUUAAAUUGCUUUGCUAGGCAGUAGUCAAUCCAAAUUAUCAUUAUGCGGAAAACAGUGUCCUGUACAUCUCGGCCAAGAAGGUCAGCUAUAUAUUUCACCUACAACAAUUGCAGUUUUAUGACAAUAUUUUGAAGUCAGAAUUUAGAAGAACAAGAUUGUAUGUAUAAUUAAACCAUGUUUUAUCAAAUUAUUUUACAUUUCAAUCAUUCUUAUUCUCACUUCAGUGAUAAAUAAUAUAUUUUUUAACUAUUAAAUAAGAGAUGCACGUAAUCUGGAUAUAUGUAGAUAAAAACCUGAAACAAGUCCUUGCAAAUCACAAAACAUAAUGCUAUAAUACAUGUUACACUUUCAAAUUGUAAUAUACUUAAAACAGAGGAAGAGGUUGUUUCAUCAUCCAAUCUUGUCUCCAGUGCCUCAAAGUUAUCCACAGUCUUAAAGGGGAAGACGAUUUCCUCUGGAAGCUCAGUGUGCACAGCCGCCUCUACCCCACAUACGCCGCGGGCCAUAAGGUGUCUUAGAAGCCUGUUGUUGGCUUUCAGAGGGUCAUUCAUUUACUCUAACAAUGUAAAUAUGCUUGUGUCAUGUGCUGUAAAAAAGUAAAUUUUUGAUUCAUUUAAUAACAAAAUUGAAAUAUGUUUAUAUCAAUUAAAACAAAUUUAUAAAACCAAUAUUUAGUUCAUAAAAAAUUUCAACUGCAUAACACCUGGAUCACAAGUCCAUUAGAUUAAUGAGAAAACAAUUUACUUACAUUUACCUUAUCAACUUACCAGGCAUAAAUACAAAAGUAAUCUUCCAAACAAUUAUAAAUAUCUACGUCAUCAUCAAUAUCACUGUCACUGUCUUACAAGUAGGGAGGCUUUUCCGAAAAAAGUCUAAGUCAACACAAGACUGAGGGUCUUGCACCGAAAGGUAUUGAUGUUGGUUACACUCUUGAAUAAUUUAUAACGAACUUUCAUUAUUGAAUAAAACUCUCCAAAAGUUAUGACAGAAAAGUGAGGCAUUUCAUCCAAGUCACUCAAUGGUAGAUUGCAGAUAUAUGUCCUUCAGCAUUGGAGCGAACUUUUCUGUAAAAAUACCAAUAAUCAGCUGUUAGUUUUCUCCGCCAUUGCGAAUCAAUGUGGAAGUUCUUGAAUGAUAAAUUAUAUCGCGAAAAUAUGAGACAUAUACAUUUCAACGCUCUUACAGCUGCAGUUACAAUGGAACAGCCCUUCAGAAUUAUUUUUUUUUAAAGAGACAUGGUGCCAGAAAUUCGGUAGAAUACAAAAAUGUAAACUCGUUUACAAAGCUUACAUUUUCCGCAAUAUUACUGCCAAAUUUUCCCGACAAACUUCCAUUUUCCGAGAACGGGCGCUCUUGCUCAACUUCGGUCAUACUUACGCCAUACGAGUUUUUAACGGAUAUUAGCCGAGAAUUCCCGAUUGUUUCAUACGGGUGCAGCCAUACUUUUUUAAUCACAUGCCCAUUAAAAUAGGUCACUUCAGGAUGGCAGCCUCAUCCAUUCGUCCGGGUCACGAUUUGCACAAUUCGACGAGGUUUUACGAAUGCCUAAACACAUUGUCUCUUACAGUACUGUACGUGUAAUAUGGGUCCCGGAUGGGCACCAUAUGGACAAACCCAUAAACAUUUAGGUAGUUCUAUUGGACAUGGGUCCCAUAUGGGUACAGUAUGGGAAAACCCAUAUGGGCUUGCCGGAUUUAGCUCAUAUGUGACCCAUUUAUGUUUGCUGGAUUGUAAUGGAUUAAUGGGGCUGAUCAGGGCUAAAUAUAAGUGGGAGUACUUAACUUUUGUAUGGGCAAUAACUAAUUACAAGUUCCCAUGUUGCUGUUACUCAUUAGAGUCGUCUGGUCGAGCAAAUUAUAAUAAGUUCCAACGUCAAAGGAUUAGAUAACAAAUGAAAUAUUAAAUUGUUGAGUCACUAUGCCAAAACCACAAAAGGAAGACGAAAUGUAAACACAAACACAAAAAACAAGCAAUACUUUUAUCAGAACUUAUUGUCUCGUCGAGACAAUUAUAUUGAGUUAAUACACCAUAGGGUUUUAAUUAUAAAUCAAAAAUAAUAAUUGUGGAAUAACACCAUUAUAUAGAGUGCUGAUAUUAUCUAGAGACAUUUUACAGCUAGUGAAAAUUGAUUCAAUGUGAACAUGACCGCUAAGUUACUGAAAGAUUCGAAAGUGUCAAACAGCGGCGAAGAGUCAUUUUCACACCUAGUGGAACAAAAGGUGUUGUCACUUCGAAGGAAUAUAAUCUCAGAGAGGGCCGAUAAGUUAGCUGAGGUCGUGUACAGAAGCGUGUAUGUUAUCUUGGAUAAAGUCAGCGAACUUGAGCCUCGUUUUACUGUGUCGGAGAUACUAAAAGUGGGAAGUUAUUUCGAAGGAACAAAGAUAGACAAAAUAGAUGAAUUCGAUUUCCUUGUUGUAAUUAAAGAGCUGUCCAAACCAGGGGCAAUUCAUAUCAAUAAGGGGCCAGACGUUUUUGAUGAAGGAUAUCUUAUGAAAGAACCUGGUAUGGUACAGAUAAAAUUACAAGACGAUGAUCUGAAAAUGAAGUGGAGAAAGUACGUGAUCGAUGACUUCCUGACAGGUUUUCAGCAGCCCAAAGAUACUCACAAAAGGCGUCAAGAAUUUGGUUCAUUUGUCCUAGAAUCCAUCAAGAUAUUUGCCAAGACCCAGCAUGAGUGGAGAGACUUACUUUUUGAACCAGGGGUAAAUAUGUUUUUUAAUCGGGGUGGCCUUACUCUGCUUUCAAUUAGUGAUUCUGAAAGGGUUAUUCUGAAGGCGGCAGAAGUACACCAUCCCAAUACAGUGCUUGAGCUGGAAUAUGACGGCUCUGCGAUAAGCGUGGAUCUUUCUCCCGCUAUACGAUACGACCGUGUAAAAGAUUGCUUCAAAGCUGGGGACUGUGUUAACGAAAGAUUAGCAGCAGACGUUCUUGAACGAGGGUCUAUCCUUCUUGUUGCAAAACAAGGCAAUACUUUCCGAAUCACAUUUACAGAGACAGAAGUUGAAUACAUGCGUGAAAAGAUACACUGGGUUCACAAAUUGGUAUACAUGUAUCUCAAAUACAUAAAAUGCCUGUACGCAAAAAUUAAACCCGGGUUUCAGCCAUUUUCGUCCUACGUGUUGAAGAUGUUCUGCAUUCAUCAUGAUAUCAAUUGUACAAUUGAAAACAAAACUGUAUCCAAAUGUCUGGACGAAGUGCUGGAUUUAAUGACAGAUUAUUUGGAAAAUGAUGACCUUCCAAAUGUGUUCAAUACGAGGCUCACAUACCUGGAUAUCGGUGAUAUAGAAUCUGAGUACAGGUUAUGUAUGCUGGACGGCUUGAGGAAGAUUAAAGAAUUGGCGGUAGAGAACCCUACUGAGGCUUAUUUCAACGAGGUUAUUAAGGAUGUAGUCGAGCAGUCUGCAGGCACAGUUGAUUUUUUCCGGAAUAAAUCGUUAAAGACAGAAGAUAGGCGAUUCAGGGCGGAAUGUCAGCGCUUGCGUAAAGUGAAUGUGCCAGAAAAGUCUAAAAAUUGCUUGCCAGGGAGUAUUUUCAGCCUAAGAGAGACUGAUGUGUUGCAGACAGUUACGUGUAAGCCCACGACUGGUCCAUGAGCCAUUCGCAUGGCAACUUGGGAUCUUAGAAAGAUGCCUCAGGGAUUUGAUCCAGGUGACGAUGACCUUCUUCCCAUAUAUGAACAAAAACAACAAUUACGACGAUGACAUCGUCAUAAACAACAACAAAACAGAGUUGUUGUCAAUCGUUAGCGAGUCCGCCUUGAAAUAUAGGGGCCCUGCUUUCGAACCACGGCUCGGCCAAUAUUCAUUAGGACACUUGAUGAAGUCAACUGUCUGAGAAUUCCGAACAGAGUUAUGGACUUAUCGCAAGUCUUAAUAUAACAGAGGUAAAUAACCGUUCGACCAUUUGAUUUAGAUAUGUAUUGUGCUUCUCUCCCUUUUGCCACAUAAACAUGUUUUGAAACUACAUAUAUCAUAACGGAAAGGAAACUAACUCAUAAUAAUUAAACGAGACUAUUGAUGUGCCAAAAUCCAAUGAGAUUUUACCAUUUAAUAAAUCUGUGUAUUGUA